AUAGGGGCAGUUAGCUCUCAGCACUAGUCGAAGGCAGAACUAAAAAGUAUAUGUUUAUAUAUUUUUUAAAAGUAACAACUAUUUCGGCCUUUGUGAUAUGAAUCGCAUUCGUCUCUAUCUACGCGUCGAGGAAGCAUUAAGUAAUAGUAAUUGUCAACGAGGUGUCGCCGGACCUUAUCAUCUUUCCGAUCCAGCGGAUUCCCUUGCCAGCAGCAGCAGAAACAACAACAACAACAACAACAUGGAUAUAUGCGUUUUUUGCGGAAAUCCGAUCGAUGCUGAUUACAUCGUAGACGAUGCCACAUACGAUCGUGCGUGCGCCGAGACAUUGGAUACACUAUCCGAUUACUUUGACGAUCUAAUCGACAGUGCUGUUAACCUGCCCGACUACGAUGUGGUCUAUGGCGAUGGGGUGCUCAGCGUGGAUCUGGGCCCAGUGAAUGGCAUGUAUGUGAUCAAUCGCCAGAAGCCCAGCAAACAGAUUUGGCUGAGCUCUCCGAUUAGUGGACAGAAGCGCUAUGAUUACAUUCUGCCGCCAGGCCAUGGCACCGGCCAUUGGAUCGAUCAGGAAACGGGCGAAACGCUGCACGAGAUACUGCAAGUGGAGAUGGGUCAGAAGUUUCGAGGUCAAUCCGUCAACUUUCUGAUGCUGCCCUACACUAGCCACAACUGAAAAGAUCUGAGUUUUCAAAUUUCAUUGGAUAAGUUAUCGUAGGUUAGGCUUAGGUUACACUCAUUAAAACUGCGGAGCAAGACUUAAUGCUAAGAAUACAAUAAAAAUGAGAAAUAAACUAUUUAAAACCCAAUUAAA